AUGGCGCCCCGGAUUCCCGAUGUGUUGCUGUGGACGUGGCCAAUCCUCGUCCUUUCAGCAGUCCAGCUCCCCUCUCGCCCUCUAGCGCGCGUCUCCCCCCAACGGAAGCCGUCUUGGGACAAGCAAAGAUGGAAUCAUUGCGAGAUUCAAUGGACCAACUCAAGCAUAAAUCAUAGGCUGCAUGUACAGGGACGACAAAAGGGGCAACGCGCCAUCUGGGAACUCACCAGGAUCUUGAUCUUCCUCGCCAGCUUCGUCCUGCUGCAGCUCCGCAGUUGA